AUGGCCACGUGCUGGACACGGGGGUGGGAGCCCCUUCCCCAGACCCCCGUCACAACCUUGGAGCGUGACCGCAUUGAUUUUAAAGUAAAGCCAGUAGUAUUUAAUGAUACCAGAGUAAAACUUCAGAUAUGGGAUACUGCUGGCCAGGAACGAUUCCAUACACUUAGUACUAGUUAUUUUCGUGGAGCACAGGGAUUUGUUCUUGUAUACGACAUCACGAGUCUGGACAGUUUUCAAGGUAUAGCAAGCUGGAUGAAAGACAUACAUGAGAAAGCAGGUGAUGAAGUGGACAUAAUACUGCUGGGAAACAAGUGUGAUAAGGAAACAGAACGUGUAGUUCCCAAACUUAAAGGAGAAAAG